AUGAUGGAAUCCACAAUUUUACUUGAUACCACGAUUCCGGAACCCCGCAAGGCUGCAGGAGUUUGUACUCAUCGGACCACCGAUGUAGUCAAUCCUCCCGACGCCUAUUUUCCUGACGUUGUCUCACAAUACCUUCUCAGGUACGAAUUCUAUUACGAUGUCAUCCUGGGUGGUCAAUAUACCUUUCGCAUCAUGGAACUUCACAAACAGUAUGGUCCUGUCGUCCGUAUCAACCCGCGCGAGCUGCACUUCUACCCGCCACACUUCUACGAGGAGAUCUACGCAGGUCCAACCCGCCGCCGUGACCGUUGGGAGUACUACACCAAAGGCUUUGGUAUGCCUGGAGCCGGGGCCAGUACCAACCCACACGACCUGCACAAAGCCCGACGGGCGGCGUUGAGUCCGUUCUUCAGCAUGCAAAGUGUGCGGAACUUGCAAGCUGUGAUCGAGGAGAAGGCCAACCUCUUGAUGAAAAGGUUCAAGACGUUCGGAGAGUCAGCGCCGGGCGACACGAAGCCGGUCAACCUGGAAAUCGCUUUCGCCGCUUAUGCCUACGACGUCGUGAUGGAAUACUCUUUUGCCAGAAGCGACCAUCAUCUUGAGGCCGCCGACUUCGAACCUUGGAUGCACAACGCUGCGAUCGGCACAAGUUCCCUCGGCCAGAUUGCAAAGAACAUGUACUGGUUCUUCUGGCUCAUUCUGCAUAUCCCAGACUGGUUGGCCAGAAGGCUGGAUGCCAAUGGUGAGUCAAGCUGUCCGAUGUGGUUGGGUGACAUCAACACCCAGAUCGAAAACAUCCGCUCCGGCCUGAAUAGCUCCCACAAGACAGCCUCCCAUCCGACCAUCUUCCACGAAAUUCUGUACAGCUCGUUGCCCGAAGUUGAAAAGCGCACAUCCCGCCUCGCCGACGAGGGAGCCACCGUUGUCAGCGCCGGGACCGUCACCACAGCAUGGACGCUACCUGUCACUGUAUUCCAUCUGCUCUCCAACCCAGAUGUCCUAAGGAAGUUGAAAACAGAACUGUACGACGCGAUCCCGGUCCCGACUAAAUCCACUCCACUGCCCGUGCUUGAACAACUGCCCUACCUCACGGGUGUGAUCCAGGAAGGCCUGCGCCUCAGUUACGGGAUCUGCACGCGACUGGAGCGCAUCGCACCGGACGAAACACUGACAUUCAAGGACGGUGACAAAGUAUGGACAGUACCGCCCGGCACACCGGUGUCCAUGACCUCGGUCCUCAUACACCAGAAUCCAGAUAUCUUUCCGCAGCCAUUCGAGUACCGACCGGAGCGCUGGGUCGAGAACCCGCGGUUGGACAAGUAUCUUGUCGCGUUCUCCAAGGGCAAGAUGCAGUGUUUGGGGAUCAACCUGGCCUACGCAGAACUUUAUGUCAUGUUGGCGAAGCUGUUUCGUAUCUAUGGGAGCCAAGACGUCAAAUUUGAUGGAGACGUCGGCCGGCUGGAGUUGUUCGAGACGACUUUGAAGGACGUCCAGAUCGCGGAAGAUCGAUUCAUUCCCCUGCCACAUCGAGACAGCAAGGGCGUGCGGAUCGUCGUGGAGUGUUUCUAG